CAGCAGCAGCAGCAGCAGCAGCAGCAGCAGUACUGCAGCGGCAGCGGCCCGAACUGCUGCAUCCCGGCCGGCAGCAGCAGCAGCACAGCACAGUUGCAGCAGCAGCGCCGCAGCAGCAGCAGCAGCAGCACGACCGCAGCAGCGGCGCUGCUGCUGCCGCUGCGCUCCCGCGCCCGCUGCAGCAGCAGCAGCAGCAGCAGCAGCAGCAGCAGCAGCAGCAGCAGCAGCAGCAGGACCUGGAGGAGGGCGCAGUUGAUGGCAGUGGACUUUCCGUGUCUGUCCACCGCCUGGAACGGCGGCGGCGAGUAGUCUUCGAUGAACCGCUGAAACGCUGCAGCAGCAGCAGCAGCAGCAGCAGCAGCAGCAGCAGCAGCAGCAGCAGCAGCAGCGGGAGCGCGAGGGGUGUGGCGGCGGCAGCGGGGGACCACGCGGAAGCGGCGGCGCUGCGCUGCUCGCGAGAGCAGCAAGCGGCGAACCAGCAGCAGCAGCGAGGCUCCAGCAGCAGCAGCAGCAGCAGCAGCAGCAGCAGCAGCAGCAGCGCCGCAACCCCGCAGCAGCAGCAGCUGCUGCUGCUGCUGCUGCAGCAGCAGAGGCGCUUCCAGCGAACGCAGCACCCAAGCAGCAGCAACACCGCCACAGCAGCAGCAACGCCCGCCCCUGCCCACGUCGCACCACCCCCACCCCCAACACCGCAGCAGCAGCAGCAGCAGCAGCAGCAGCAGCAGCAGCAGCAGCAGCAGCAGCAGCAGCACCUGUGA